AUGCGUCUCUCACUCACCAUCGCUAUCUUGCCAUUGGCUCUCGCCGCACCCACUAAGCGACAGCUCGAUAGUCUCCUUGGAGGAGUAACAGGCUCCUCAACCGGUGGUGGUGGUCUCUUAUCCGGACUCACAGGAGGAGCAACAGGCACUUCGACUGGUGGUGGUGGCCUCUUAUCCGGUGUCACAGGAGGAGCCACGACCGCUACCGGUGAUGGUGACCUCUUAUCCGGACUCACAGGAGGAGCCACAACCGCUACCGGUGAUGGUGACCUCUUAUCCGGACUCACAGGAGGAGCCACAACCGCUACCGGUGGUGGUGACCUCUUAUCCGGUCUCACAGGAGGAGCAACAGGCACCUCAACCGGUGGUGGUGACCUCUUAUCCGGCCUCACAGGAGGAGCCACGACCGCUACCGGUGAUGAUGAUGGUGACCUCUUAUCCGGCCUCACAGGAGGAGCCACGACAUCUACCGGUGGUGCUACCACCGCUGAUGCUGGCGGAGCUCAAGGAAUAGACACACUUGUCAGUGGUUUGACCGGCGGUGUAAACACAAUUGGUGCUGGGGCCACCGGAGCCACCGGAGCUACAGGAACUGGAGCUGCGGGUGCAGGUCUUCUUUCUGGAUUGACUGGUGCUGUUUAG